AUGUCGUCCUCCCAGCAGUUUUCUCUUCUCAAUUCAUUGCCGUCCACCCUAGAGCCGCAAUGGCCUCAGGCUAACGAAUCACUCAUAUUGGAACCAUUUACAUAUAUUACAUCUAAGCCCGGUGAAGACAUCCGCACAUUGCUCAUCGAGGCUUUCAACAUAUGGCUUGCCGUCCCUAGCCACCAACUCCAGGUCAUAGACCGUGUCGUUCAAAUGCUACAUAAUGCGAGCUUAAUGCUCGAUGACAUAGAGGACGAUGCGCAGUUGCGAAGGGGACAGCCUGUCGCGCACAAGAUAUACGGCGUCCCGCAAACUAUCAACACCGCGAACUACGUAUAUUUCUUAGCUUAUAAAGAGCUCUCGAAGCUGAGGAGGCCGGGCGGGAGCGAGGACGGGGAUGUGGUGAGGGUGGUGGGCAACAGCGAUUUGGAUUUGAUAGUCACGCAGGAGCUUCUAAGUUUACACCGCGGGCAGGGGAUGGAGAUCUUGUGGCGAGAUUUGUUACAGUGUCCGACGGAGGAAGAGUAUAUUUCUAUGGUCAAUAACAAAACGGGAAGUGGAUUUAGGAUAGCUAUUAAGUUGAUGAUGGCGCACGCAACGAAGAACAUCGACAUCGAUUUCGUCCCUCUGGUAAAUAUUUUCGGAGUGUAUGUCCAGAUACGGGAUGACUACAUGAACUUGCAAAGCACAGAGCACAGCGACAACAAGAGCUUUGCCGAAGAUCUUACAGAAGGCAAAUUCUCCUUCCCAAUCGUCCAUGGAGUACGUGCGGAUGAACAGAAUCGAGUUGUUAUGAACGUACUACAAAAACGUCCCACGACACCAACCCUGAAGCAUCACACAGUUGACUACCUCCGCACACAGACAAAGUCGUUUGACUACACGCUCGCGGUGAUGAGCAGCUUGGAGCGGCAGGUCCGGGAGGAGAUUGCACGCCUUGGCGGGAAUCCUCAGCUUGAGAAGAUAUUGGAUGCCCUGCAUGUAGAACAUGAUUUACAUGAUUUGGGUGGGUGUGUAGAUGAAGGAAUUGUACCUUGA